CAGAAACGCCAGUUUUCCCUGUUGUCGCCAUCACUAUUUACAGUGUUUUCGUGUCUCCGUGUGACGUAACUGUGACGCUCGCGCCCUUUUUCUCCAGGUGAGUUCAUCUGUGUGGAUUAAUGACCUCCACGCGGUAAAGCGAACCUGACUUUCGUUGCUGGCUUCCUGCUCCGGCAGCUCUGAGCACGUGACUCUGUGCUGUGGGUGGAGCUUGACUGGCGCAGGAGGAGGAGGAGGAGGAGGAGGACUUCCUCCCGCACGCUGCGCUGCUUUCUGUUUGAGCGCCUUCUUGUUGUUGUUCUGGAGUUUGGACGGACUCCGACACUCUGAUCUGAGCCGGAUGGAGACGGACAGCCUGCUGUCCGGCAGCCUGGACGGAGCCUCCGGGGAAUAUGGCUCCAGGACCGGCUCGGAGCGCGGAGGGGCCCCGGGCGGCAGGAGGAUGUCGGACUCGGUGUACGGGGACUCGAGCAGUGUGGACAGGGAGCCAGGUGACGAGGAACUCUACAUCCAACAGGCUGUUGUGUUCAUCGAGGACGCCAUAAAGUACCGCUCCAUCAACCACCGAGUGGAUGCAGGCUCUCUCCGCCUGUAUCGAUGGUACUACUCUGGGAUAAUCCAGUGGGGUUUGGGUCUGACCAUUGCGGCGGUGCUGCUGCUGGCCUUCGCGGAGCGCCCGUCCUCCUUCUCCAUCUCCUCGGACCCCCGGCAUCGCUCUCCAGCCUGGCAGCCUCCCUGCGGCCUCACCGAGAGCAUCGAGAUGAUCUGCCUCAUCAUCCUCUCUGUAGACGUUGCUGUUAAGAGCUAUUUGAUUGGCUGGGAGGAGUUCGGGAAGAGCAAAUGGCUGAUUGGCUACACUGUGGUCAUUUUGAUCUCUGUCAUGGACUGGGUGCUGUCCGUCAGCAUGGUGUGUGAUGAGAAACUGAGGGUGCGGCGGCUCCUGCGGCCGUUCUUCCUCCUGCAGAACUCCUCGCUCAUGAAGAAGACGCUGAAGUGCAUCAAGAGGACGCUGCCGGAGAUCGCCAGUGUCAUCCUGCUGCUGGCUCUCCACCUCUGCCUCUUCACUAUGAUCGGCAUGCUGCUGUUUGCUAAAAAUGAGGACCCGAAGAAGAACGGCGAGUGGGAGCUACACUUCAGAAACCUGCCGAGCUCCCUGACGUCUCUGCUGGUGCUGCUCACCACAGCCAACAACCCCGAUGUGAUGAUCCCCGCCUACUCCCUAAACAGAUGCUACGCCAUCUUCUUCGUGGCCUUCAGCGUCAUCGGAACCUACUGUCUGAUGAACCUACUGACAGCCAUCAUCUACAACCAGUUCAGGGGAUAUUUGCUGAUGUCGGUCCAGACGUCAUUCCUCAGGAGACGACUCGGGAUCCGGGCAGCUUUCCAGGUCCUCACCUGCCAGGGAGCCCGACGGGCUGCUGGGGAGCGCGCUCGUGUCGACGCUGUGCUGGAGGUGAUGUCCAGGGUCAAGAUGAAGAGAUACUACAGAGCAGCCAUCACUACGGUGGCGCAGCAGUACGAAGACGUCGGCUUCAUGGAUCGAGAACAAUUCACCAAGAUUUUUGAUGAACUUGAUAAAGACUGCAUCAAGGAGCACCCUCCUCUGCCUCAGUACAGCUCUCCCACCCUGCAGAAACUCCAGCUGAUCUUCAGUCACUACUAUCUCAUUUUGUUUGGAAACGCUGUGGCUCUGGCCAAUGUAGUGUGUAUAUGUACUGUCCUGGUGUUGAACUCUGAGAAGUCCACAGCAGAGAGAGACAACUUCGUCUUGGAGAUCAUCAACCUGUGCUUCAUCCUCUACUACCUGUUUGAAAUGUGUGUGAAGAUCUUUGCGUUCGGCUGGCAGGGCUACCUGUCCUACAGGAACAACAUCUUCGACGGCUUCCUCACCGUCCUGUUGUUGGCCCUGCAGAUCACCAUUUUUAUCACCUACAGGCUUCCGUAUUCUCAGUGGGAGCCCUCCGCUCACGGCGUGCUGUCGCUGUGGGAGAUGAUCCGUCUGGUCAACCUGCUGAUUGUUUUCCGCUUCCUGCGCAUCAUCCCGGACAUCAAGCUCAUGGCUCUGGUUGCCAGCACGCUGUUGGACCUGGUGAAGAACCUGCGAGCGUUCGCGGGGAUCCUGGUGGUGGUGUACUACGUGUUUGCUGUGUUUGGGAUCUGGCUCUUCGAGGGCGCCAUUAAACCUCCUGACUCCAGUGUGCCGACCAACACCUCCAUGGAGAACAUCACCUCCAACUUCAGCGUGGCGUGCGGCACCUACGAGCAGCUCGAGUAUUGGCCCAACAACUUCGACGACUUUGGCGCUGCCAUCAUUUUACUCUACGACGUCAUGAUCGUCAACAACUGGCAGGCCUUCAUCGACGCCUACAGCAGAUACACCACAGAGUGGUCCAAGAUCUACUUCGUGUGUUGGUGGCUCAUCUCGUCGGUCAUGUGGGUCAACUUGUUCGUGGCGCUCAUCUUAGAGAACUUCAUCUACAAGUGGGACCGCAGUCACAGCUGCUCUGUGAUGGAUGUGGAGAGGAUCAGAUAUGAAACCUCGGUUCAGCUCAUAUUCAGGGAGCAGAUCCAGGAGCCCACAGAGGAGGAGUUGGUGUGCCAGCUGCACCAGCAUCCACACUUACAGCUGCAGUGGUGACGGCGGCGCCCUGCGAGGCUCUGCCGCCAGUUCAUUUUUAAGUUCCUGUAAAACAUUAAAUGCAAAACGUCCGCUGAGUCCAGCGGGAAUCCCACUUCUGAGUAUUUCCAAGUCAAAGCCCUGCAGUCCCGUCCUGUUCUGAGAAACACCUGCGUUCAUUUAAAUCAAACCGAAAUCACAAAAAGCUGCGGCUCGCCUUUAAAAGCUGCCAGAACAAACUGAAGCGUGAGCAGCUGCGGCUUUUAAUUGGCCGACCGGAGCGGCGCUGAGCAGAGCUGAAAGCACAGACCCAACGGCAGCGCGAGUCCAUCAGAUUUGCAUGCAGACAAACGGCCAAUCAAAUCCAAGAACACCGUCUCAUCAAACCGGCGCUGUAGCCUCCAGGAGACGCGGGUCUCCGUUCUCUGCAGACUGAAACCACCUGACGGAGUUACGCAGCGCACACAUUCAGCUUUACUUCAGACUUUAGUGUGAAAUCCUCGCCGACGCGCGCAGGCUCAGGUCAGAGGUCACUUUAGGGAAACACAAACCGCACGUCUGCUCUGCAGCGCUGUUCACUCAUCGAGUUCAGGGCGGAGCCAGAGGCUGACACCUUUCACGUGUUAGGAUGAUGACAUCACAGAUCACUGCAGGUUGACAAAAGCACGUCUUUCUAUUCUUUCUGAGCCAAACAUUAGACGGAGACAUGUCUCCAUCACUGCGAGACGCCGAGCAGAUGGUGAUGACGUCUGGGCUGAUCUCUGCUGUGAGUCCAGCUGUGGAGAUGUCAGGACGCCAUGUCCCCACGCGUGGACAGAAACAUCAGUGCUCGGGUUUUUGUGAAGGUCCAAGUGUCUCAGAUCUGUUCUAAGAAAGGAGGGAGACGUCUGCCAAACUGGAUACACAGCAGCUACGGGAGCACGUUUAUUUACAACCCUCUUAAUCUGCACAUAGAGACGCGAGCUGCAGGGACCGGCUCGUCCCACAGGUCCGUGUUUCCUGACUGUCUUAGCGAUGCGUGUCGUCUGUGGACACUCGCAGCCUGAGCUGCUGAAGCUUUCCUCACUUCCUGCUCUGACCUCGUCAUCAGCAGCGACAGACACAUCAGAGGAAAAUGUUGCAGGUCGGCUGGAGUCACUGGGCGCCUGCAGCUCGGGUUCAUCGAGACGUUUAACACAGAAGCGCUGCCGUGUGCACAGGAAGGACAUCAUGCCCGAGCUGCAGCGUCGUUCUUUAGAGGUUUCCGCUUCGUUCGACUCGUCGGUGCCACGUUUGCGGGGUUUCCCCUCAUGUGAAGGACAAAUUGUCCAGAAACCAGGAAACACCUGAAAGCAGUGACCUGUCUGAGACUUUUUGUCUGUCAGGAAAUAAAAAAGUUGUUUUUCUUGGAACGACACCAGAUCUGAUCUCUGCUGUGUUUCUGGCCCGAGGCUGAGCGUCGCAGAGUUUUCCCUGAAACCUGACGUCGGACAAACACACGACCGAGCCAUGAUUUCUGCUGUAUGUGGCGUUCAGGGCGUGCCGCGGCUUUAGACGAGCGUGUUCUGAGAGUUUAGUGGUGCAGAGCUGCUACCUCUGAGGGUAAAAAGGGAAAAACUCACUUUUUGUAUGAAUGUCCCAGAAACAGAUUUGAAAUAAAUAUUUUUCUGAAACUCAAA